AUGUCCGGCGCGGGGGCAAGGGAAUCCGUCUUCCCUACCCGGCAAGUGCUGGGUCAGAUGAAGAGCAAGCUUAAGGGAGCUCAAACCGGCCACGACCUGCUCAAGAGGAAGAGUGAAGCGUUGACAAAUGCCAUCUCAGAAAUAACCCGUCGCAUUGACGAAGCAAAGCGAAAAAUGGGCCGCGUGAUGCAAAUCGCCGCCUUCUCCCUCGCCGAAGUGACCUACGCCGUCGGCGGCGGCAACAUCCUCUACCAGAUCCAGGAGUCCGCCAAGCAGGCCCGGUUCCGCGUCCGCACGAAACAAGAGAACGUGUCCGGCGUGUUCCUGCCGGCCUUUGAGAGCUUCACCACCGAGGGCAAUAACGACUUUGGGCUGACCGGGUUGGGGAAGGGAGGCCAGCAGGUGCAGCGGUGUCGGGAGACGUAUGCCAGGGCAGUGGAGACGCUGGUGGAGCUUGCGAGUCUGCAGACGGCAUUCGUGAUUUUGGAUGAGGUUAUUAAGGUUGUGAAUCGGAGGGUGAAUGCAAUUGAGCAUGUCAUCAUACCGAAAACGGAGAACACGAUCAAGUACAUCAACUCCGAACUGGACGAGCUAGAUCGGGAGGAGUUCUAUCGGCUGAAGAAAGUGUCCAACAAGAAAGAACGGGAUGCAGCGGCCGCCGACAUUGAGAGAGAAGCGCAAAAGAAAAAAGAUGACUCCAGUAAUGAGGAGGACGUGGAUGAGGAAGGGCGGAUGCAGAUGAAGGACUUGCUUGGCGAUCAGGAUAACGAGGAUGUCAUUUUCUAA